AUGGCGGAAGCUCUGCUUGCCCGCGGCAACUGGUUGGAGACGGAACCUGGUGUUGAGCGUGAUGGCACACGGAACGGCAAGGCGUACCGGCACAAGCAUUCACCAACAUCCCUCUGGUUGGUAGAAGGGAGGCUUCUCGAUCUUGACGAUGCGGACAGGAGGUGGGCUUCGGCAUCGUCGGUAGGGAGCACUGACGAGAAGCCGUCACGGGAGCAGCGUGAACCCUUGGCUCUACCCAGCGAUGUUGUGUUCCUGAGCAAGCACGUGGCCAAGUCCGGCGUCCCCGCGCUCUGCGUUCACCCCAUCGGCGUCCCGAACCCGUCAUCCUCAAAGGAAGCUGGAGGCAAGCCCGGCCGAUGUCCACCCCCGUCGCCGCGCCUGGCGGGCUGCCUAAGAGAGCUUGGCCGUGCAGCGCGAGAAGCAGGGCUGGACAGCUCCUUCGACACCACGCUCGAAGUUACGCAUCACGGCCCGUGGUUGGAGACACCAGCGAUGUUCGUCGAGAUCGGCUCGAGCGAGGAGCACUGGGGACGAGCCGACGCGGCAGAGGUUUGGGCGAACGUUCUCACAAGGAUGCUUGGCCUCGACGGGUCACCAGCGGGCGACAUCAACUGGCGUGACCUGGACCCCGCCGCCCGGGCGGAGCGCUCCGCCUUCGUCUGCAUCGGCGGGGGGCACUACGCGCCGAAGCCGGGCGACCUCGCCCGGCGCAGCGGCUCAUACGUCGGCCACAUGUUGGCGUCGUACGCGCUCGAUUUCGGGCGGGGAGGUGGGGAGGGCACGUGGCGGGAAGCAGUGACGGAGGCUGUGCGGAGCACCCGGGCGGCGUUUCCGGGUGCGGGGGGAGGGGUUGCUGGUGGGGUCGGGGCGUUGGUGGACAAGAAGGCGUUCCGGGCGCGAGAGCGCGCCGCGUUGUUGGAGCACCUCGGGACCCUCGGAGUGGAGCACAGGUUCAAGAGCUCGGAAUGCUGA